CGCUGGUAAUCGUUCGGUCCUUUCUCGUUGCGCGACCGUGCUGCGGCGGCACCGAAACGCAGUUUUAGGGUUUCUUCUCCGUUGUCGAGGAGCCGUGCGAAGCAGGCGAUGGGCACGCCGGAGACAUCGCGAGAGCCCUGCCCCGACCGUAUUCUGGACGAUGUCGGCGGUGCGUUCGGCAUGGGUGCGGUCGGUGGCUCCGCCUUCCACUUCAUCAAGGGCCUCUACAACUCCCCCAACGGAGAGCGCCUCACCGGAGGCGUCCAGGCCGUCCGCAUGAACGCCCCCCGAGUCGGGGGCAGCUUUGCCGUCUGGGGCGGCCUCUUCUCCACCUUCGAUUGUUCAAUGGUCUAUCUCCGCCAGAAGGAGGACCCCUGGAACUCGAUCCUUGCGGGAGCCGCCACUGGAGGGUUCCUCCAGAUGCGCCAGGGUGCAGGUCCUGCCGCUCGGUCUGCUCUCUUCGGUGGCAUCCUACUCGCUCUCAUCGAGGGCGCCGGCAUAAUGCUCAAUCGCGUUCUCAGUGUCCCACAGAACCUGCCUCCCUUGGAGGAUCCCAAUGUCCCAGUUACCCCUCCUAACAUUGCUUCAGUUAUCCCGUAUAAUGCCCCUGCUUCGGGGUUACAGCACGUGCCCUUCCAACUUGAUUCCUCUGACAGCACUUCGUCUUCCUCUUCAUCUUCGUCAAGCUGGUUUGGAGGGUUUUUUGGCGGUGGUAAAAAGCAGGAAGAAAACGAUUCAAAAAGAGGAGGCAGCAAGGCAGAGGUGUUGGAGAGCUUUGACACACCAAGCACACCACCUCCAAAGUUCGAGUACAGAUAAUUUAGGAACGGUUUAAUUAUCCAAUAAAGAGGAAUCUGAUGCGAGAAACGGCUGCAGCAUAUCUGUUCUGGAUUCUCCGUUCUAUAUAUUUGUAUUGCAUACAGGUGCAAACAUUUUCGAAGCUAUACUUGUCAAAUAUUUGAUGCACUUGUAACGUCAGUUGGAUUGGAUCUUUUUGAUUCAACAUUCUAUGUUGUCUAAGCUUGCAUGCUUGGAGAAACCUUGGCUAGUCCGGUUUGUAUCUAAAUAUUUUUCAAACAUAGAUAAACUAAUAAUUUUAUUA